AUGUUGAGAACUUCCCGGCUUCCAAGAAGGAAUGUGCAAUCACUCGUCUGCUGGAAAUGCCUCGCAAAUUUUCACUCGGGGGUAACAUCUGGGAGACGACGACUGCUACAAGGUGCUGAUAACAAUGGCCAAUUGAGGUCAAAACCCACAGUUUUGAAGCGAGAUACGAAGUCGUUCAGCACCAGCUGUUUUAAACGAGCCGGAACAGAGACACAAACUAGCCAACUUCCCCGUUCAUCUGAUAUUUUAUCAACACAAAAGGGAGAGCCGAUACCGAUCAGAGAGCGCUUGAGAGCUUGGGAGGCGGAGCAUGCCAAUUCAUAUGUCCCUAUCAUAAUCAAUGACGAUGCUGCACCAGGGACUUUGGAAAAUGCUUGCACUCGAAUCCAGGAUACCAGGUUCGAAGUUGACGAAGAAAAUAUAAUGGAUGAUGAUAUCUCUAAUAUUGGAUUCGAUGAUCUUGUCGAUGUUGGAAGCAGGCGCGGAUUCCUCAUUCCUGGAGAUCUCGUUGAAGUUAUUGGAAAAGGAGCGAGACAUGAACUUGGGAUAUAUUUACGUGAUGUCGGCAGGUUGGCUCAAUUUUACACAAUGUCCGGUACUUUGGUUGAAGGUUCAUUGAAAUCCACACAAUUUUAUGUCCCAAGCUUCGUUGGGAAUGACGAACUUGACAUCUUUCGUCCAUUUUUGCCAUCACUAGGAACUGAACAAUUGGAGAUCUCGAAUGUUCAUGUUGAGCAGCAAGUUCCUAGAGAUGUGACCAAGUCCCUAGUGGAAAAGAUGCUUAGCUUCUGGGAAAAAUCUGAAGAGAUCUAUCAACGCAGUUCUUCCAGGUUUGAGCGUGCUCAUGAUCUUAUUGCUAAUGAUAACUCCUUUCGGUAUGUUACAUUAGACGAGCUAGCCAAUGUGGUCAUUGCAAAAGAUAUUCCGAGGACUGAGGAUGGUUCAUAUUCUUACCCUGCUUUAUAUGCUCUCCAUCGUUCUCUUAUGCGCGAUGAAAUUGGCUUUCGACCACAACUGGGAGGGGCAACUAGAACCGGCGGACAGUACGAAGUUAGCUCCAAAGCAGAGGUCAAGAAUAUCAUCAUGACUGUUGAGAAGGUUCGCAUGUAUCAAUCAAAUCCAGAAAGGAACCCAAAAUUUCAGAACGACUCUAUAUCGAAAUGGGUCAAAGGGUGCCAGGGAGUUAUAGACGAAAGUCGUAAAUCACGUGAACUCACAACACAUGGUACUCUCAAACUGCUAAAUAAAUCGGAUACUGAGAAUAGUUUUCUACUCAAAAACGCUCCGUCUCCAUAUACAGAAUUUAUCAAAUCAUGGGCGGCCUUCCGUACCAUUGAUCGCAACUCUUCAAUAAAUGCCACGGGGUCUGCCCUUCUUCGAGCCGUAGCCCGAUACUUGGAGUUCCCAUUGGAUCAAAGCACUGCGUGGACUUUCUUGCAAGAAAUCGGUGAGAUUCACCCUACGACGAACCGGGUAGCCUACGAUCUUCGAAUUCAUAACCAUGCGUACAACGAUAUCUACCAGGAAGAUUGUUUUACUUCAGAAGAUAGUAUGACUGCCCUUAGAAAGGAGUUCCAUCUGCCUGUUUACUGCAUUGAUGCUGCAAGUGCUCAUGAGGUUGAUGAUGGAGUGUCAAUUGAGCCCACUGAAACACAAAACGAGUACUGGGUCCAUGUGCAUGCAGCCGAUCCUGCAUCGCGAUUAGAAGCGAAGGGUAAGAGUGCGGACGAGAUCGCAAAUCGAACCGAAACGGUUUAUGCGCCCGAAAAGGUACAUUUCUUGUUGCCGUCAGAUUUUGUGCAAAAUCACCUGAGUCUUGAUACGAACCGUCCCUCUUUGACAUUCAGCGCGAAGAUGAACUUGAACGGUGAUAUAUUGGAGACACAGAUAUCUCCACGCACCAUUUUUGAUGUAAGAUACAUAACGCCUAAUGUAGUCGAGGAAGUUAUCACAGGGAACAAUUUUCAAAAUUCUGCAAUAACUACCACUACCAGCACCGUUGGGGUACCCAUCACUCACGCUCCGGAGAAGAGGAACAUGCUGCAGAGCCAUGAGCUUUCUGGAGAGCACAAGGAGGACCUUCGAAUUCUACACGAGAUUGGUGAUGCUAGGCUUAAGCAACGCAUAGCCCAAGGAGGUGUCUCUUUGAGCCCUGCCAAACUUGACUUAUCAGUCUCGCCCAAGGCUGCAACCAUUCAACUACAGAAAGAAGAAUCUGGUAGUCUAGGGUCGAGAGUAGACGCAGUUGCACCACUGAUGUUGAUCGCUGCCGAGGUCGCAGCACGAUGGUGCCAUGCCAGAGGUAUUCCAGUUCCUUACCGUGUCACUACUCGCAACGUAAACAAGAAAGAUCCGUUGGAAUUCCACAGGGAAGUUGUAUUACCAUCACUGGACGAACAUGGCCAUCCUCCAGUCAGCAUCGCUCUACAGUAUUUCCAAUUACUUGGCUCGAUACUCCCAUCCACGACUCCGGGUCCACAUGUAGCAGUCGGUGUUGAGAUGAUGGCCAAGUGUACUAGUCCUUUGCGUCGAUACGGAGACUUGUUGCUCCACUGGCAGGUUCAAGCAGCACUUCGGGAAGAAGCACGUUUGGGGCAUAAUCUCAUCGGUAAUACGAAAGAAGAUUUUCUUCCUUUCUCAAAAGCCGAACUUGAUCGCAUUAUAUCACAUCUCGAUGCUCGCGAGAGGAUGAUCAAACAAGGCAACAGAGACUCUAUCAAACAUUGGCUGUGCAAUUUCUUGGUCCGCGCAUGGCGGUUCAAAGAGGCUUCUCUUCCUCCUACAUUUCGCUUUGUUGCCCAAGAAGAUGCCAAAUAUGAGCGCUCGUGGGGAAAGCUGGACUUCUUCGAUGUCGCAGUAAAUUUGGUAGGAUCUGAGACUUUUGACAUUGGGGAUGUCAAAGCUGGCGAAGUAUUAGAAGUUGAAUUGGAGGAUGUCAAUGUAUAUUUACGCACCAUAAAUGUUAAGGCGAUUCGUCGUUGGGCAUAA